AUGGAGAGCGGACACAUCUGCUGCCGCCCUUCACUUCAGGGGUUUAGCUCCCGCAGAUGUUCCAAAGGACAACACGGGGCCGGGGAAUUCUGGAGGCCUUGGAUCCCCACCCAAAGAGAUGCAGAGAGACAGCUGAGAAGAAAUCAAAGUGUGCUGUAUAGUCCAUAUGGGAUGACAGAAGCCUCAGGAAAACUUACCCAAUAUACACAUCCAGUUAGACUAUUUUGGCCCAAGUCAAGGUGCUAUGAUUACUUAUAUCGAGAAGCUGAAGCACUUCUGAAAAACUUCCCAGUUCAAGCCACAAUUUCCUUCUAUGAAGACUCAGAUAGUGAAGAUGACAAUGUUGAACUGGAGCAAGAUUCGGGAAUAGAAUCAGAUUGCUAA